AUGCAUGACUCCGCUCGCUGGUUGAGUCUCGACGAAUUGGAGCAGUCUGUAUCAAAGACAGAUUUUCCCUAUGAGGCAAAUCCGCUGACGGGAGUGAACACGACCGAUGCCCAUGCUGUAGCCCGUGCGAUUGACACCGAGACCAGGUCGGUGAUAUUGCAUGUCCCAUUCGCAGGGUGGCUUCUCAAGGCGGUUGGGCGCGACACAGACGUGAUGGACGGGCAUUUAGUGUACCUCAGGGUGCUCCGUAUUCGACUCAGUAGUCUUCUUCGGAGGUGUCCUGAGCCACCGCGGGUCAAGAAUGAGCUUCAAACGACAGAUUGUUCUCGGAGUAAACCCUCUUGCACGAGCAGUGAUAUCCGGCUGCAUCCAGACCCCUAUGGUGUGAGGUGGGAAUGUGUGACGCAUGAUCUUAACAUCGGCUUCAUCACUGACCCUCUUGCUGAUGUUUUCUGUCACCAACCCGGCUACUUGAACGCGGAUGAGUUUUACCUCCUGAACGACCGCUUCCAGCGUACCUAUGACGCUGGACAAGAUAUCGAUCCGGCGGCUACGUUUCGGGCCGACCUGACGUUUUUCCGGGGAAUCAGAGACAUGCCGCCAGCCUCAUUGGCCAGCUCCAUCACAAACAAAGACUUGAGAUGCUUCCAAGUCUCCUAUGCCCUCAUGCUUUCGGAGGCGGACGGGGAGUGGGGGCGUCUCUUGGGUCGCUCUUGGAGCCAUCGAUAUAAAGAUACAAUCGAAUGCCUUCGAAAGGACUUGAGAUACCGUGAUCUCUUGGUCCAACUUGCCAUGUGCUUGUACAAGCAAGGAAACUUUCACGGAGCGACCGCAAUUGCCGAGGGCCUGAGGCCUGCUGCCUGCGCGCCCGACACAUUCCAGGUAGAAUGGACAAUGAUCCCAUCGGAGCUGCGCAGAAUUGUCGAAUAUGAGUGUAACUUUCGGGCGUGCCGCGACCAUUUGAGGGAUAUGAGGAAGAGGGGAAAGCCUGCGUUGCCUUUUAUAUUUCCCAUUUUCAGAGAGUACCAGUUGUCCGUUGAAAGCCUCCGGCGGCACGAACCAUCUUCCCCCCAAUACGAGGCUUGUUUGCGGAGGGCAACUUCGAACACCGAUGACCUGCUCUUGUCCAGAUCAUACCCUGGAAAGACGGAAGUCGUGGAGAGAAUCGGGAGCAACCAGUUGCCUCAAUGCAAGGCUCUAUUCUAUUCACCAGAUGAAAGUCAAUCAGGCAUGAAGUUGGCGACAGAGAUUCACGAGAUUCGUGGCGAUGGUGCCAAGAUUAGUUCAUGCCGUCAUCGUCACGUGGUUCUCAGUCAUCCUUCAACAUCACCACCCCUCCAUGCAGCCCCGCCCCGCGAUGCGCGCAACCAGGUCGGGGUAAUCAUGGACACCAAGGUUUUGAUCAAAUCUAGCGACACACUGGACCUCUCUCGGGACUUCGGCAGAGUACUACAGGUACUUAUUGAUGAUGGAUGGAUCGUGCUAAAGGACGCCACGGAUACAGACUCCAUUCAGCGGGUUAUGAACAAUCAUUGCGUUAAUUACCUUCUUGCCAAAGUGAGCCCAAACUUCCGACGUCAUCUGCCAUUCCUGAUGCCUGCUUCUCAGCUUGAGAACUCCCAAUUUCAGUGCUCCCCUCAGUGGGAGGGGCUGGCAGACAAGAAAGACGAGAUCCUUGCCGUGACUGCUUACCAUCUCUCCGGCAAAAAGGAUAUGGCGCAGUGGAGAUGGAGAUACCAUAUAGGGGAUAGUGAGGGCGAUGAACCAGAACCCAUCUUACUCACCGGUGGAGACGUGUACGAGAAGCCAACUCUCAAACAAUAA